AGGAAAGCCUGCCUGCACACUGUAACGUGGAAAGCGCAAAAUGUCAGUGAAAACCAUUUUCUGCUUCAUGACAGGUUCAAAUGUAGCACGUUUAGGGCGAUGGGGUUUAUUACUUACUCAACAUAGAAAUUCGGGUGAGCGUGUUUGAAUCACGCAGGAUGUGCGCACACCUUUACGGAUCCACGCAAAUCUUUUCAGGAAUAGUGUCUAACUUCUCCUUGAACUCUCCAUCCUGGGGUUUCGAUAGACCUUGAUUGCGUUUGCAUCCUGAAGCUUUAUCCAGCCUAACAAAAGAUAUCCACAACCUAAUCCGCGUGUUUGUUCUGCGGGAUAAUCUCCGCAAGUCUUCCAUCUCCUGGAAAGGGCAGGAGGAGAAGGGUCGAACAGGGGGGCGUCCGCUGAGGAGAAGCGUCCGCUGAGCGAGGCAGUGGAGGCGGGGAGGUGAGCAGCGCGCUCCGCGGAGGGUGACGGGGGCAUGGAGAUGUUGCGCCGCUCCUCUGUGUUUGCCUCUGAAGUGUUUGAUCGCUCGCCCACCGACAAGGAGCUGGUGUCCCAGGCCAAAGCGCUGUGCAGGGACUACAUCCACUCCAGGCUGAACCGGGCCGGGAUCGGCUGGUCCAAGCCUGAGCACGGACUGUCUGCGUCAGGUGGGACUCUGGGAGAAAUAUCGUCGGUCCUGCUGUGGCUGGGUGAUGAGUUGGAGUGCCUCCGUCCCAAUGUGUACCGUAACGUCGCCCGACAGCUGAACAUCACAGUGGCGUCGGAGGGCGUGGUGUCCGAUGCCUUCCUGGCUGUCGCUGCAGACAUUUUCUCCACAGGUGUCACAUGGGGAAAGGUGGUUUCCUUGUACGCUGUGGCAGGAGCCUUGGCGGUGGACUGUGUACGCCACGGUCAUCCAGCAAUGGUCCAUACCAUUGUUGACUGCAUGGGGGAGUUUGUCCGCAAGAGCCUGACCGCCUGGUUAAAAAGGAGAGGAGGCUGGGUGGAUGUAACGAAGUGCGUGGUGAACACUGACCCCAGCUUCCACUCUCACUGGCUGGUGUCUGCUGUCUGUGCCUUCGGGCACUACCUGAAGGCGGUCGUGCUACACCUCCUCCGGGAGAAGUGAAAGACACAGUGACACAUUGGAUUGUGAGCGCGCUGAGCGGCACCGCACACCAUCAGCACCACUAAAGCAUCCACUGCUCUGGAUUAUGUUUACACUCAUUUGCACUGAGACUUCGAUGAUGGACACCCACCCAGUUCACAGACAGUGAACUCUCCUUGCUUCUUUGGCUUCCCGUCUAUUUAUUAUUUAUGGUUACAUCGUGGCACACAUUGGAUGCAAAUGUAUAAAAACUGCAUCUGUAAACAGGUUUAGCUUUUCAUUUUUUCCAGAAACUACAGAUGCAUGGUUUGUGGAGAAUUGGCUGCCCCUAGUGGUUCUAAAUGGUAAUCUGCAGGAUCCUGAGGCCAUUCAUUAGGAUCUGAUAUUACAAAAAUCUACACUUCUCACCUCGUUCCCUAUUUCAGGUCUUUAUUUUUCUUAUCAUGAUUGGCAGCAGCUUUGACAUUCCCUCUCCAUUCCUGUGGUCACUCUCUUACAUCACUCUGAAUCACAGAAGAAAGGACUUUAAAGGGACAGUUCGUCCCAAAGCCAAUUUUACUCAGUGCUGUUUAACAGUCUACAAUUUUCAGCUUUAGAAAUGUCUGCUUUCUCUUGAAUAUAAUGAAACUUAAUGGCACUGGCCUUUUGAUGCUCAAAGCACUGAAAACCUCUUUGCAGAAAUCAUUAGUCCAAUUUCAUGUAGGAACUAUUUUCUUAGCAACAUUGGAGCUCAGCUGGGGGGGUCACAGUGUUUACAUCCAGUCACAAACCCGAACGUCUCGUCAUGGCUAAAUCCACGCUUCCCUCUGCACAGUGAAACAGUUAGCAAGUGUAACCCGGUAGAAAGAAAGUAAUUCUCUCACAAGUUUGCAGAUUUUUGUUUUUUCGUUGUUUGAGAAACCAUGUCAUGGCUUCUGUAAAAAGUCACAGAUUAUUACCCAUAAAAUGACAACUUGGGUGAAAACUGAUUAGGUGUGUAAGUGUGAUUACAUUCUGAUCGAUGCGAUAGGAGGAGUAAUGAUUCUUGUGAGUCACGGAUGACGACUCCUUGCCGUGGCAUAAGCUCAUUGGUCCUUGGGCCAGGUGAAGCAGGUGAUGCUGAACCAGACUGAUCAUUCAGACCACAGACCAGAAGAAAUGCAGGUAGUUUAGGGCGAAAUGUCCCUUUACAGAUUCAUGUGUCAUAAAAAGGGUAGACUAUACAUUUUAUUAUAAUUGGUGAACCCAUAUUAAACAUUAUGAUUGCAAAUGUUAAAGCUGGCGUACUUUGUGUUAUUUAUGAUUAUUUUAUUAGGAUAUAAAAUGAGAACAUUUCCCUGCUUACACCACGGCUCUACGUACAGUCCCCACAGCGGUCACUGUGAGGCUGUUUACAGUGAAACAGCAGUGAUGCAGCAUUUUUUUUUUUUUUUGAGCACUUUCAUUUCACAAGUAGAAUUUAUUCCCUGAAUAAUUCCACUUUUGUAUGGCAUGUAGAAUAAGUACAUGUUUGUGAAUGGUCUUUGUAAAUAUGAUGUAAAUAAAAAGUUCUUAAAACAGUC